GCAGGUUUAGUGUUGCAAUGGGUGACAUUGGGUGUACGCCCCACGAUAGAUAAGAAUAGGAGGACAACGUGCCUGACCUCUAUGGAAACAAUAAAAAGCACACACAAGAGCACACUUUCUCGGUCUCUCCCCUGCUCUUCUCCAAGUACAUAUUAUCAAAACUCAGCUUCGUCCUUUUACUAGUUAUCGGAUCAUCCGCUAGAUCUUCGCGAAAACUCGUCAAUAGCCGAAAUGGAAACGGAUGCGCAAACCCCGGACUCCAGCGGGAGCUUUGAUUUUCAACUCUAUCGGUAUACCCCGUCACUGCCUGCUGCGGUCGUCAGUGUCGCCGUUUUCGCCAUCCUCACAAUUCUUCACACCUGGCGGCUGUACAGAGCACGGGCCUUUUAUUUUACCGCGUUCACCAUUGGUGGUUUGUUCCAAACCAUAGGUUACAGUAGUAGAAUAGCCAGCCAUUACGACAAGCUUUCCGUCGGCGCUUUCAGUAUUCAAGCCAUCUUUAUCCUCGUCGCUCCAGCCCUAUACGCCGCCUCGAUUUACAUGAUACUGGGCCGCCUCAUUCGAACAGUCAGGGGCGAGCAUCUGUCGUUGAUACCCGUCGACUGGGUGACGCGAAUCUUCGUCACUGGGGACGUGAUUUCAUUCACGCUACAGGCGGGAGGCGGGGGCGUCCAAGCUGCGGGCACUCUGGAGCUUUACGAAACUGGCGAGAAGUGCAUUAUCGCGGGACUCUUUGUCCAGAUAGUUGUGUUUGGAUUCUUCGUCAUGACCUCUCUCCUCUUCCACUACCGUCUCGCGAAGAGCCCUACAAGCACUUCCGAAUCAGCCAUACCCUGGAAGCGGCAUUUAUAUGUGCUCUACAUUACGAGCGGCAUCAUCCUAAUUCGAAGCAUCUUCCGAGUCGUUGAAUAUCUACAGGGAAACGGCGGUUACCUUAUCUCGCACGAAAUAUUCCUCUACAUAUUCGAUACUCUUUUGAUGGCCAUCGUGAUGGCUAUUUUCUUGGUGUGGUAUGUCGAAGACCUUGGGGGCAAGAAGUCAAAGAAAGGGACGGAAGAGCGCGAAACAUCAGGAUCGGAUGAGUUUAUGAUGGAAGAGGCACGGAAGUGAAGCGGGUUGAGAAUCGCGAAAUCGCGUACGAGUUAUUACACAUUGUUUUGGGGGACAAUUUGGGGGAUAAUCAUCGGCGGCCAGCGGAAAUGACGGAGUUUCUUCAUUGUAUUGUAGACUCAUAGAUGGGGGUGUUCAUCACCAGAUUGGCGUUCGGUUGCUACGUAAAUAAGUCGGUUAUCGGUUGUCGCACCGGGGUUGCAACGGACCUCGGCUUGAUUCCCACUUACCGGCUCUAGCUUGCAUGGUCCCACUUUUCGUCUUCGCUCCUCGUUCUUCGCUCAAUAUUUCGUUCUUAAUCUCGUUC